CUAAUAUGGGUAAGACUGAUACGCCCGCUGAAGGAAAAAUUGAAGAAGGAAAUCCUCAGAAUAAAUCAAAGAGUAAACUCAUGACUAUAGUCGAGCAACAUCUUGGAGAUAUUCUGACCAUCCCAGUAGAAAAACAAGUUAAAGAGGGAAACAACACCAUGACUGAUGCUGAAGGGACAAUGUAUGCUUGCAACUUCGAUGUAUCUAAAAAUGAGGAGGGGAAAAACACUUUUAACAAGUACACAAAAGAAGAUAUUCUUCAUAUCCGUUAUAGAGGUCUUAACCUCUACACCAGAGUCAACUGGCCAAGAUUCAAGUACACUGAUAAAGAUAAAAUUAAAUAAGACUGGAGUAUCUAAAGAUGCUUUCAAUGCUUUCUUGGAGAUAGUGAAAUGCCCAGUCUGUCUAGAAGUGAUGGACGAUCCUGUCAAUGUCAAAACCUGCCUCCAUAAAUUCUGCAAUAAAUGCAUCGAGAAAUAUAUUAGAGUUAAGAAAAAGGAAUGUCCCACCUGAAGGACUCCAAUUGGCUCUAGAAGACUUCUGAGGAAGGACAAGAAACUUAAAGAAAUUAUAGAGGGUCUUAUUCCUGACCUGGAAGACUUUCAGAACUACGAACAGGAAGAAGUAGAUAGAAAUGUGAAGAAAGUCAAAAAUUCAGCGAAAUUUAAGCAAGAUCAACAAAAGCUUAAGGCUAUCAAGGAAAAACAACUCCGUGCUGAACUUGAGGAAAAGAAAGAGCCAAAGACUCCAAAGCUCCGUACUCAAAAUUCUAGAAGGGCUGAACCUAGAACUAAAACUGGGGCCAGACCCGCCUCUCAAAUGAGGGAUCAAGGUGCUCGUCAAAAGAAAAGAAUGAAGACAGAACAUCUUGAGCAUGAGUUAAAUAUCAGUUUCAAGGUAAAGCAGCUGAUAUUGGAUCCUCAUAAAACACCAAGAACUGCUGGAAGUGAGGAAAAAUUGAUGCAGGUGAUGCUUCUAGAGACCAACAAUGGAUUGUGUUUGAAGCAUUUAUUACAGUACAUCCAAAUGAAGUCUAAAAAUUCAAAUAUCGCUAGAAGAACCUUCUCCUUCUUUGUAAGAGGAGCCACCGAGAGAAACUCAUUCGAUAAAAUCAAAACUUUAGACGUGAGUCUGAAGAAAAUUCAUGAGAAGUACUGGGCUAAUACAUCAAAAGUCCAAAGCAUUUACUUUGCUAUUGAAUAA